CCCUGGUUGUACAUGGAGAAUGACUGAAAAAUCCAAUGGUGUGAAGAGUGCUACAGCCAAUAACCAUCAUGAACCCCCUGCCAUCAAGGCUAAUGGCAAAGAUGACUGCAGGACCAGCAGCAGGCCACAGUCUGCGGCUGAUGAUGAUACCUCCUCUGAAUUGCAGAGGCUGGCGGAGAUGGACACCCCACGACGGGGAAGGGGUGGCUUCCGAAGGAUCGUCCGCCUGGUGGGGGUCAUCAGAGAUUGGGCCAACAGGAAUUUCAGGGAGGAGGAAGCAAGGCCUGAUUCAUUCCUCGAGCGCUUCCGUGGGCCUGAACUCCAGACCGUGACGACACAGCAGGGGGAUGGCAAAGGCGACAAAGACGGCGAGGGAAAGGGCACCAAAAAGAAAUUUGAACUAUUUGUCUUGGACCCAGCUGGGGACUGGUAUUACCGCUGGCUCUUUGUCAUUGCCAUGCCUGUCCUGUACAACUGGUGCCUGCUGGUGGCCAGAGCCUGCUUCAGUGACCUACAGAGAGGUUACUUCCUGGUGUGGCUGGUGCUGGACUACUUCUCAGAUAUGGUUUACAUUGCAGACCUUUUCAUCCGAUUACGCACAGGUUUCCUAGAGCAGGGGCUGCUGGUCAAAGAUACCAAGAAACUGCGAGACAACUACAUCCACACCCUGCAAUUCAAGCUGGAUGUGGCUUCCAUCAUCCCCACAGACCUCAUCUAUUUUGCUGUGGGCAUCCAUAGUCCUGAGGUGCGCUUCAACCGCCUACUGCACUUUGCCCGUAUGUUUGAGUUCUUUGAUCGCACUGAGACUCGCACCAGCUACCCCAACAUCUUUCGUAUCAGCAACCUGGUGCUCUACAUUUUGGUCAUCAUCCACUGGAAUGCUUGCAUCUACUAUGCCAUCUCCAAGUCCAUUGGCUUUGGGGUUGACACCUGGGUCUACCCCAAUAUCACUGACCCUGAAUAUGGCUACCUGGCUAGGGAAUACAUCUACUGUCUUUACUGGUCUACACUGACCCUCACCACCAUUGGGGAGACACCUCCCCCUGUAAAGGAUGAGGAGUACUUAUUUGUCAUCUUUGACUUCCUGAUUGGUGUCCUCAUCUUCGCCACCAUCGUGGGAAAUGUGGGCUCCAUGAUCUCCAACAUGAAUGCCACCAGGGCAGAGUUCCAGGCCAAGAUUGAUGCUGUCAAACACUACAUGCAGUUCCGCAAGGUCAGCAAGGAGAUGGAAGCCAAGGUCAUUAAGUGGUUUGACUACCUGUGGACCAAUAAGAAGUCAGUGGAUGAACGGGAAGUUCUCAAGAAUCUGCCAGCUAAGCUCAGGGCUGAGAUAGCCAUCAAUGUCCACCUUUCCACACUCAAGAAAGUGCGCAUCUUCCAGGAUUGUGAGGCUGGCCUGCUGGUAGAGCUGGUACUGAAGCUUCGCCCUCAGGUCUUCAGCCCCGGGGAUUACAUUUGCCGUAAAGGGGAUAUUGGCAAGGAGAUGUACAUCAUCAAGGAGGGCAAGUUAGCGGUGGUGGCUGAUGAUGGUGUGACUCAGUAUGCUCUACUAUCUGCUGGGAGCUGCUUUGGAGAGAUCAGUAUCCUUAACAUUAAGGGCAGCAAAAUGGGCAAUCGGCGCACGGCCAAUAUCCGCAGCCUGGGCUACUCAGAUCUCUUCUGCUUGUCCAAGGAUGAUCUCAUGGAAGCUGUGACUGAGUACCCUGAUGCCAAGAAGGUUUUGGAGGAGAGAGGUCGGGAGAUCCUGAUGAAGGAGGGGCUGCUGGAUGAGAAUGAGGUGGCAGCCAGCAUGGAGGUGGAUGUGCAGGAAAAGCUAGAGCAAUUGGAGACCAACAUGGAGACCUUGUAUACUCGCUUUGCCCGCCUGCUGGCUGAGUACACAGGGGCCCAGCAGAAGCUCAAGCAGCGCAUCACAGUUCUGGAGACCAAGAUGAAACAAAAUGAGGAGGAUUACCUGUCAGAUGGCGUGACCAGCCCAGAGCCAGCUACUGCUGAGGAGCCAUGAGGGUGCGAGCCCAAUGGCCUUUGCAGCCUUCCUUGCCUUGACCCCAGGAGCUAGAAGAGCUGUCUAGAUUUCCAGAUUCAUAUGCAUUACAUCUCUUGCCCUCUGAAUUCUCCCCAAAGCUUCUUCUAAGCUCAUGAUUUUGGUCUAAACAUCCAGGGGUACCCCUC